AUGCCACCAACUUCUCUCGUCACCGGCUCCACUGGAUUUUUGGCCAGCCACGUGGUCGACCAGCUGCUCAGCGCAGGUCAUAGAGUCAUCGGUACGGUUCGAUCCCCCCACAAAGCCGCACGUCUGGCUGAGGCCUUCAAGCAGCAGAUUGCUUCAGGCCAAUUGGAGCUGGAAACGCUUUCCGACGUGAGAAACGCCGGUGAAUUCAAGGCCAUUUUCGAAAAACAUCCCGAGAUCAAGUACAUUUUGCACACGGCUUCCCCCUUCAACUACAACACGACUGACCCCGAGAAGGAGAUGCUCCAACCAGCGGUCGAAGGAACUACAACCGUACUCAAGGCAGCCAAGGACCAUGCCCCCAACGUCGAGAAGGUGGUUAUCACUUCUUCGCUCGCUGCCAUUCUCAACAUUGCCACGUUCAACGAUCCCUCCACUACCCUGACCGAGAAGGACUGGAACCCCAUCACCUGGGAACAGGCGGCCGAGAAGGGCAACCCCUAUGCCAACUAUAUUGGAUCAAAGGCCAUGGCUGAAAAGGCGUCUGUGGAGUUUGAGAAGAUGGAGAAACCCAAGUUCAAGCUCACCUGGGUCAACCCCGUGCUCAUUCUCGGUCCAGGUAUCAUUCUCGAUCCACUGGCCAUUAACACCUCCAAUGAAGCCAUUGUAACCAACGCUUUUGAAACCAAGCCCGGGCAAAAGCCUCCCGUCAAAGCUGGUUACUUUGUUGACGUGCGCGACUGCGCCAAAGCCCAUGUUUCUGCUCUCAACCCCGAGUUUGACGGACGAAGACUCUUCCUAUCCACCUCAAAGUACUGCACCCAGGACUUUCUGAACAUUGCCAACCAGCUACCCGAAUUCAAGGGAAAGAUCGCCGAGUUUGACCCUAUCGAGCGGGAGAAGGAGUUGCAUUCGUUAGCCCAGAUCGACAACUCGGCCACGUUGAAACUGCUCAACUACGACCUCAUCUCCCUGGAGCAUUCCGUCACAGAUUUUGCCAAAGAGUGGCUUUCUUACGAGCGGAACGACUAG